AGACUAAACUUAUACUUGGAAUUGGAGAUUGAUCUAGUAAUUAACGUCGCAAUAGAACAAAACAAUCAAGCAAUUAGUUUGAUGAAACAGUAAAUUAACUUAGCCAGUUGUGUACAGUUAAAGAUUAAUUAGUUAACAUUGAAAGUUUCAAUUCGGUUGAUCAAGUUAAUCAACACACUCUCCUUAUUUUCAUAACAAUUAACUUGUUCCGUUAAUCAGGAUGAAAAUCACCAUAACAGUUAUACUUUUAAUCUCAGUUAAUUACGUUCAUUCACAAUGUGAUUGUGGACUUGAAGGAAUUCGAACUCGAAUUUUCAAAGGAUCCGUAACUCAAACACAUAAAUUUCCAUGGAUUGCUCACAUUAGAUUCACUCGACCGGGCAGUUCAUCGUAUUCACAAUGUGGUGGUUCAUUGGUGGACAAUCAACAUGUAGUGACCGCAGCUCACUGUCUAUUUGAUUCCAAUGGCAAUCUGAACCAACCCUCGAACACUCAAGUUUAUCUUGGCAUUUUGGACAAAAAUCGCGACCAGAAAAGAGCCUUAGCCGUCGAUGAAUAUAUUUACGAUGUUCGUUAUACCUCAACCGCACCGAUGGACUAUGACAUCGCCAUUUUACGACUAAAAGAGGCCGUUCGAUACACAGAUACAGUCUCACCAAUUUGUAUUCCCUCAUCAGAUGACCAAAACUAUCGGACAUUAAGUGUCGCUGGCUGGGGUAAUAUCGACUCAACCGGAGCUGGAAGUCAAGUACUAAGGGAAGUUGAUGUAAAUUAUAUUCCAAAAUCAACAUGUAAUGAGAUGAAGUAUAAUUAUGUUAUCAAGAAGAACAAUUUACCGACUUAUUUUAGAUUCAAUAUCCAACCAGUUCAUGAGAAUCACAUUUGUGCUUUAAAUACACGAACCGGAGGUGAUGCUUGUUCGGGAGAUUCGGGUGGACCUUUAAUGUACAAGAAUCCACAAAAUAAUCGUUGGUAUUUGGUUGGUGUUGUUUCUGGUGCUUGGGAUCUUUGUGGUGUCGACAGGGGGGUUCCUGGUUUAUAUACUAAUAUCUCACCUUAUCGGUCAACCAUUCAACAAUCAGCUGAUGGUGUUUGUGUUAAACCUUAUUGACCAUUUGGAUCCAAUGGAAAAUCAAAGUUCACCAACAAAUCUUUAAACAAAGACAAGUUAAUUGUAUCUGUUUAAUUGUUCAUCUGUUUCCUUUUCCUUUGUUUCCUUUUAUCAGUUAAAAAUCAUCUAAAAAUUCAAUUAUGUGUCCAAAAUCAUAUUAAUUGUCACAUCAAUUUUAAUCAAGAUGAAAGCGGAACAAUUUAAACAAUUAUAUUUAUUCAUGUUCCAAAUAUUUGAAUCAAAUAUUUUACUCGUAA